AUGUCUCCGCCGCUCCUUUUCGCCAAAUUCGAUCCAUCGCUAACAAACUUGGCCCUGGUGAUUCAGGCAUUGGACAGCCACCAGGUCCGCGUGCAAGCUUUGGUGGUUGCACAAGACUCGCUCAAUACGCUGUUUCAGUUGAAAAAGGGCCAAAAAGUGGCCGCCAUCGAAUGGUUUUCGGACCUGCUAUUAGCCCUUGCACUUACUUCUGGAGUCGUGCUAAUCUACAGCCCGGCCGAGAACCAAAUUGUUCGUGAGUUGCAGCUGACAACAAGCAUGGCAAUUGCUGACUUGCAUUUCUCCAGUGUCACACACACGGCGUGGUGUGUGGACACCAACGGAACUUUGUGUGAGUGGGAUGUGCACUCAUAUACUUUGAUCCAGCAAUUUUCACUUUCGGAGUUACUCGACACAACUGAGUCCGUGACCAAGUUGUCUACUGUGCUCCAUAAUUCCGAGCCUGCUCUUUUGGUAGGUACUCAUAGCGUUUACUUGGUGGAUGUAGUAGGCCGCCAGGUAGUAGCCCAAUUCCCAGGCCAUGUGCAGCCUGUGAUUGCCAUUGAACCGGCCAAAUAUGACGCCGACUUGUUCUUGACUGCGGCUGAGGGUGACCGCUUCAUCAAUGUCUACUCCAUUUCUAAAAAUGCUACCCGUUCCGUUUUGGUAGCCUCGUCAUCUAUUCGCCAGAUGACUUUGGCAGGCUCCGCUGACCUGUCUGUAGUGGCUAUUGUCACCGAAACAGGCUCACUUGAAAUUUUUAAGGAUCCAUUGUCGUUCGAUGUCCAACCUCUGGAAGUCUCGUCUAAGAAGAAACGGAAACAGCUUGCAGGCGCUAAGUCGAAACACUGCGAUGCCACCAUUCAAUAUGCGCGUCCUGCCGAUGAAAUCCGCAAUCCAGCGGAUCAGAGUUUGUUCAUUUGUGCUGUUACUGCCACACAUACUCAUUUGCAUGUCACCUGGUUGGAAAACGACUCCCUCUGUCGUUUCGACGCCGUUGCCUGGACCGAUGGUGACUCUUUCACACUUCUGGGCCACAAGACCAUCACCAAGGCCAAACAAAAUAUAAUGGCCGCUACACAUACCGUCCAGGGCCACGAUGUUGCUGCUCCUAGACUUUACAGCGAACAGCACACUGUCAUUACUGAUGGAGGAAUGUUCCAGGAUGAGCUCGAGAAUUUGGGAGAUGACGACGACGAGACACUUGCCGAAAGACUAGAGAAGAUUACAGGCGAAAGUACCCGAAAAAACGGCGUGUCUAAAAAGAGGCUCCAAAAGCACACCGCAGGAUCAUUAACCGUGGUGCUCUCGCAGGCGUUGCGUAACAAUGACAAUGCAUUGCUAGAAACAGUCUUGAUCAACAGAGACCCCACGAUUGUUCAAAGCACCAUUUCUCGUUUGGACUCGUCUCUUGCAGUGAUUUUGAUCGACCGUUUGGCCGAGAAGCUCACGCGUCAACAGCAGAGAUUUGACCAAAUGAACUUUUGGCUCAAGUGGAUCAUCAUUAUUCAUGGUGGUGUCUUGUCCUCGUUGCCUAACGUCAGCCACAAGUUGGCCAACUUGCACUCUGUGCUCAACAAGAAGGCCAGCAAAUUGCCUCGUUUGUUGGAGCUCCAGGGUAGAAUGAGCAUGUUGGAGCAGCAAAACAGCUUGAAGAAGGAGAUUCUUCGUGGUGUCGAUCUUCAAGGCGAAGAUAGCGCCGAGGACGAUGUUGAAUACAUCGAAGAGAUCGACGACGCCGUUGAAGCUGGCGUUUUGGAGGAAGAAGAGGAUGAGGACGAUGACGAUGACGAGAUUGAUGAAAAUGGUGUUGAUGACUUUGACAUGAGUGACGUUGAGGAGGACGAAGAGUAA